AUGGAGGGGGCCGCGGUGGCCCGGGACCUGCAGGCUCUAGGGUAUGGGGGUUUCCCGGGGGCGGCGUCGCGGGGCACCUCGUGCCCAGACUUCAGGGCUCUAUGCGGGCGGCUGGCGGCCGAGCUGGCGACUCUGGGCGCCCUGGAGCAGCAGCUAGAGGAGGGCGCUGAGGUGCUGAGCGCCGGCGACGGCCCGGACGCAGAGGAGGAAUUUCUGCGACAGUUGGUGGGCCUGCUGCGGGAGUUGCACUGCCCGGAUCGCGCGCUCUGCGGCGGAGACUGCGCCGCCGCGCUACGGGAGCCGGACGCGGGCCUGCGCCUGCUGCGUUUUCUUUGCUCGGAGCUCCAGGCUGCCCGCCUUUUGCGCCUGUACCCCUCGCUGGAUCCCAGCCCUGUGUCUUCCCCUGGGGAAGGGGCAGAAGAGAAAGCUGGCAUGGUCCAGGAACUGAGUCUUACCCUCCAAGCGCUGGGGCUGCCCAGACCUACACCGGGGACCCCUGCCAGCCGGCUGCUGCAGGAGUUGCAUGCUAAGAUCUCAGAACUGCUGCCUUCCUUGCCCCCAGGGUCCAUGCAGCCCCUCCUCAGCUGUGCUCUAGAUGCACCCAGAUGGGAAGCAUUGGAGUCUCUGUCCCAAAGCCUGAGAGAUCAGUACUGCUCCCGCCGCUGCCUCCUUCUCAAGCGCCUUGACCUCACAACAUCUGCUUUCCACUGGAGUGAUCGGGCAGAGGCCCAAGGAGAAGCCAUGAAGGCAGUGCUGAUCCCGAUUCGAGAGGUUCUGACCCCAGAAUCAGAUGUCUCCGUUGCGCACGUCCUCGCUGCCCGAGCCGACCUGUCGCGUCUCGUCCCAGCCACCAGCGUGGCUGCCCGCCGAGGGACCUGCUGUGCUAUCAACAAGGUGCUUAUGGGCAAUGUGCCAGACCGGGGGGGCCGCCCAAAUGAGCUGGAGGCCCCCAUGCCCAGCUGGCGAGACCGGAGAGAAGACGGGGGUGGGCAGAGGCCGGGCCGCCAGUAUCGGGGCCACAAGAAGAAGAAGAAGUGAAGUGGGACCGCUGGCAGGGGGCUCCUCCACGAGAUGCUAAUGCCAGUGGUAAGCCCUGGGGAGCCAGUUCGAGGCUUUCCCUUGGUACUUGGCACCAAAGCCCCCUAUCCCCUGUUCCUGAGGCCCCUAAUGUCCUAGCCCCAUCCACCAC